UGGUUUUUUAUUGUUACUGUCAAUGUCAAAUCGAACGAAAUCGGAAAUUCUUUUUUGUGUAAAUUUGCUUCACGGCACGUUUAUUAGAGAACAACAUGCAAAUUUUCGUAAAAACCCUAACGGGGAAGACCAUCACCCUUGAGGUGGAGGCUUCCGACACCAUCGAAAAUGUAAAGGCUAAGAUUCAAGACAAGGAGGGAAUCCCCCCAGACCAGCAACGUCUGAUUUUCGCUGGAAAGCAGUUGGAAGAUGGCCGCACUCUCUCUGACUACAACAUCCAGAAGGAGUCUACCUUGCAUCUUGUGCUGAGGCUUCGUGGAGGUACCAUCGAGCCUUCUCUCCGUAUCCUGGCCAUGAAGUACAACUGCGAUAAGAUGAUCUGUCGCAAGUGCUAUGCUCGCCUUCACCCGCGUGCUACCAACUGUCGCAAGACCAAGUGCGGACACACCAACAACUUGCGCCCCAAGAAGAAGCUGAAGGAUUAGAUUCUUUCCACCCUCAUCAUUUCAAAUACUAUUUAAAAAAAUGAAUAAAAAAUUAAAAAUA